AUGGACAAAACAUCAAAAAAUCCGACGUCCCCAACGAGGGCACCUGUGAAAAAAGAAAACGAAGAAGAAAUUAAGGAAUUCGCUGAAACGGCUAUGAACGAGCUCCUUGGUUGGUACGGGUAUGAGAGGUUAGAGUUGCGUCGUUGGGCGGCUUCAAGAGCCAGGGAACCAUCCAGCCCAGAGCACCAGACUGAACAAAAAAACAAAGAUGAAUGUUCAUGGUGCAAUAAGAAUAUAACCAGCGAGAGUGGAGCUCUUCAGCAGUCCGGGGCAGUCUUCUGUUCAGAAGUAUGCUUCAGUCAGUCGCGGCGAGCGAACUUUAAACGUGCCAAGACAUGCGAUUGGUGUAGACACGUGAGGCACACUGUUGCUUAUGUUGAUUUUCAGGAUGGUGCUACACAGUUACAGUUCUGCUCAGAUAAAUGCUUGAAUCAAUAUAAAAUGCACAUCUUCUGUCGUGAAACGCAAUCUCAUCUUGAUCUCAAUCCACAUUUGGUGAGCACAUCGUCAACAUCCAAUCUUAUCACACCUGAUCUAUGGUUGAAAAAUUGUAGAAGCAGAUCGGUCUCACCAACGUCAGAUAGGUCUGGCUCGCCGGGCGCAGAAGUCAAACAGAACAACGAAAAGGUAGAACUAGCAAGCAUUAGAAAAUCCCCCAUGCCCCUCAUCACAAUAGCUCCAACUGCAAAAUUGAUGAAUCCCAAGAAUAGCGAAGAUAAAGUAUUCACUCAAAAAUCACCAGACACAAAGAAAGAGAUGAGAAGCAGUAAGAUGAACUUACGAAAGCGUAGAGCUUCUAAGUGUUCUGCCACUGUUACUUCUCAAACCUUGAAACAACGAGCGGCCACACCAAAAGCUCAAGAUUUGAGAAUGUGUAGUCCAUCUAUAGAUGGGUCAUCACCAGCUUCUUCAGUAACUAUCGGGAAUAGUGCCAUACAUUCACCACCAAGUAAUAUUAAUACUCAAAUGCCACCAUUUAAUCCAAUGUUCGGCAUGCCUCCACCAGUUUUUAUGGACAAUCCUCAUAUGAAUGAUUACAGACACCCAGGGAUGUUUCCCCCACGUUUCAAUUUUAUGCCUUCUCGACCAAUAUUGGCUCAAGAACGACCCAGACUUAUUCCACCAGUCAAUUUCUCACAAGCAAUCGGUCAGCCACCUCCAGUAACAGUUUUGGUUCCGUACCCAGUGGUUUUGCCUAUCCCUCUUCCAAUACCCGUGCCAAUUCCCUUGUCGUCCUUUUUAAAAGCACAUCGGGUAAAUAAAGUCAAAACAGAAGUGAGUAACGAUGACACAGAAGGUCCUUUAGAUUUUACAAUAAACGGAGACAAAAAUGAAAGCAAAGUAUCAGAAGAAGGAACCUCAAAGAAAAAUGAAGUUCAGCAUGUUAUAACUGAAAGUAACGAGAGGCGGGAAUCUCCUAAAGAAAGUACAGAAGCAUCGGCAACAAAUCCAGAGCAGACUUUGCCAAAAUUCAAAAUAACCAGGCUUGGAAGCAAAAUGGCGAAAAUAGUCGCGAAAUCUAGAGAAUCGUCAGAAUCGUCUAGGCCAUUACGAAAAAGACGAAGAUUGGUUGAGGUCACAAGUGAAGAUGAUUCACUCAUUCCCAAAACAAGAAAAACAGUUGAAGUAUAA